AAUGAAUCGAAAUAUACCAAUAGGAAAUAAAAUCUGUGCCACUAAGGAAAUCUUUUAAAAUCAAGUAAUAUUGAAUCAACACCUCUUAAACAUGAGACCCUAAAUCAACACAAGUGCACCUAAAUAAUACAAUUUUCUAAAAAAUAAAGCAAUUAAGGAAGCUAUUAAACUGUAAAAGUAAAAAGAAAUAGACAGAGUAAAACAAAAUCUCAUAUCCAAAUUAUCUAAUAUUAGGUAACAAUCAGCAAGUACUUUUUUUUAUUUCAUUUCCAGUUAACUCUAUUACUACUCUUCCAAUCAACAAGCCAAGUUCUUUGAAUUUUGUUCCAAAAAGGUCUCUAAAUAAAGAUCAUAGGAAAAAAGAAUUGAUAAAAAUUGUCAUGGAAAAUUAAUAACUAUUGAAGAGAAUACAAGAUUAGAAGUCUCAAUAUAACGUUAAAGAUUGGAAUGAAGAAAGAAAAUGCGUUGAAAAACAUAUUGCCAGCAUUUCAGAAUAUCCCUAUAAGGAUUUCAAGCCAACCAAAACUCUUGUUCAAUACUGGACCAACUCUAGGAUUAGUGAAACACAAAUGCAAAGUAUUUUUACAAAAUAUUAUAUCUUAGAAAGAGAUAGUCAAAUCAAUAAGAAAUUGGAUCCUCUCGUCUAAAGCAAAAGUCAAUAAACCAAGUAUAGAAUAUUAUAUAUUAAUUAAGACAAAGAGUUAUGUAAGACUAUAAUCUAGAGUAUAAUUAACUACUAUUUACUUAAGACUUCUAGUAAAAGUAAGUAAUUAAACAAUAUAUUUAUAGAAGUAUAUUUGAAUCUGAUUUUUAACCAUAUGAGCCUUAUGAAGAUAAGGUUGCCAAAAUUGUUAAUUAAUUGAUUGAAAAACCUUAACUUUACGAAGAUAAUGUUUAAAACACAAAUUAAAACAACCAAUUAACCACUCAUUAAAAUGAAUAAGAAGAAAAUUAAUAGGAAAUUAUAGAAUCAAAAUAAGAGAACCCUGAAGAAAUUGAAAAUAAAUAAGAAUAACUAUAGGAGCAAGAGAUAAAUAACUAGGAUGAAAUUAGAAAUAUCAGAUUAAAUUCUCGUGAUGAAACACAUCAACAAGAAAAUUAAGAUCUAAAUUAAGUAAACUCAAAUAAUCAAGAAAUGGAAACUAUAAAUUUUGACAAAUAAAAUGAUGAAAAAUAGGAUUAAUAAGAUGGAGAAGAAUUUUAAGAAUGA